ACAACGAGGGGGUGGAAACGAAGUCUCAUASGUCCCAACCAGCUUGGCUCAUCUCCAGGUGGUCUUAGGCGCCCCCCUCCCCCCAGACCCCAGAGAGGGUUAUGGUCACCUGGUGCACACCUGCUGCUCCCAUCGCACCUCCYGGCAGCCAGUCUCUGCUGGGAAUUCUCACACUGCCUCCCACAUCUCGGCUGACAACAUGGCGGGGGCCUAAGGCUGCAAAGUACCACUGGCUGGGUGGCUUAAAACAACCGCGUGUAUCGUGUGGCAGUGCUGGAGGCUUUAAGGCCAAGCUCAGGUGCCAGCCUUGCUUUGCAGCAUCGUCCCCCAGUCCUUCCCCUGUGUUGCCACAUCACCUUCCCGCUGUAUGUGCCUGUCUGUAUCCAACUCGGCCUCCAUGCAGGGCCAGGUAACAGGGGAUUAGUUAGGAGCCCACCUCCAGGAAAAGCGUCUCUUAACCUGAUCUUUGGAGACAGCCAACCAUCAGAGGCCACAUUUGAGGUACCAAAGGUCAGGACUUCAACAUCUCUUUCCAGAUGGCAAAAUGCAACCCAUGACAGGGUCCAAAUCAGAGGGUCGUUCUCCACUGCAAAUCCCCCCAAGCCUGCUGGGGAAUGAAGCAAGUGGCUGAAAGGGAGCGUGGCUGGUAGGGGUGGGUGUGACAGGAGGGUGGCUCCAGCUACAGGAGGCCUGGGGAACAUCAGGGGAGUUGCAGAGACAGGACAAGUGYCCAGGAAGGGGAAGGGGACUGAACUCGGGGACAGACUCUGGGGUCCUUCCAGAAAGAGUGGUGCUGGGCCAGGCCAGUGGGCAGCUGCAGGGGUGAGUUGGACAUCUCUGGGGGUACACAGUCUCCAAGAUUCAACCUCAAGAAGGCUGGAGUCCCCAGGGCUGUCAUCAAAAGCAGGAGGAGACAGAGGGAAGCAGAGGGAAUGAGGAGCCAAGUCACCCAAUGGCCCCUCCCCCAUUUACUUUGGCACAGCUGCCCCCAUAUACCAGUGCCCUGAACACCAGGGGGACACUCCAGCCCUUGGUAGAGGCCACCACACAAGGUGGGGAAGGAGGAAACCCCCACUGCAUGCAUCUGUGUGCCCCAGAGGGGUCUGGUCAAGGGUCUGCAUUCCUGGUGCCUGCCCUCUUUCCUGGCAUCUUAUCUCUUCCCCCACCCAGGGCACUUAAAGUGAAUUCUUUCCUUAUCUUCGGGGACAGUGCCACCCUGCAUCAACAGUAGGGCCUCUGGCCCUAUCUGCCUGUGCCUGUCUCCUCUGGGCAGGUCGACUUGGGACAAGGGCCACUAGCUCUGGAUCUUUCAUGCUUUCUCCAGGCCCUUUCAGUGCAGAUCCUGGUUGCCAUGGCAACACUGUGGUGGUACCAGGUGGUGGUGGGGGCAGGGAGCCAGGCCUGCUGCAGCUCAGCCAUCUCCAGUGCCAGGCCCACCAGGCCAGGCGCAGGGACUGUGCUGAUCCUGGGGGCACUCGGGGACUCCCCAGGCUGUGCAGGUUCUUCCUCUGUGAUGUGCUGCUGGUGGGGAGAGGGAAGGACAGACUGAGAGCAGGAACACAGGGAGAAGGGAAAUAUGGGGGAAGCGGCUUCGAGGCUGGGGGGUGAAGGGUGGAAAGACAAGGUGAACUGAAGGACGAUGGGCACUGGAGGGAGGUGGGACUUGCCAGGGCUGAGGGGUGCAGAGAGCGCACCCCCUCCAUGGGACUGGGUCGGACACUGGGACCUGGAGCCCCUGCUGCCUUUGGGGAGAAGCAGGGGCACAGCCAGGCAGAGGCCUCCCUCCCACCUACCACUUAGGGGAGGUGGGGAGCGGAGGGGAAAAUGAGGACCUGGGAGCAAGGGGACCAGCUGAGGGCCCAGAGUCCCUGUCACUGGCUCCUCUCCACAACCCAAGCAGGAUGCAGUUUCCAUGACAACCUGGCCAGCCAGAAAGGGGGCGGGGGACUGCAGAGGGAAUUUUCCACAUCAGCAGGAAGGAGCAGUGUGGGCUGCAGAGGAAAGAACUGCCAGGAAGGCGGGGGCCAUACCAGGCCCCGCAGCCCCAAGUCCCCACACCCUCUGCYCUGUCCUCCCAGCCAGCCGGAGGGCAGAGGGAAUGCAGGGAAGGAGCCUCAUCCCGCCCCAUUCUGGCAAACCCACCUCCGCCCACUGUGCAGGAGGCUCAGGAAAGGGACAAGGGUCAACUGUCCAAAGAUCAGCAGCUGCCCAGGCCAGCUGGGCAGUAGGCAGCACAAGGAGCUCCUGCCACAGCCAGCCAGACUCAAGGGCAUGGCCCUGGAUAAGGCCCCCUGGAAGGUGGGGGUGGUGGGCUAUGGCCGCCUUGGACAAUCCCUUGUCUCCCACCUUCUGGCUCAGGGACCCGAACUGGGCCUAGAACUUGUUUUUGUUUGGAAUCGUGACCCAGGACGCAUGGCAGGGAGUGUGCCCUCUUCUCUGCAGCUCCAGGAUCUUGCUGCCCUUGGGGAAAGGCACCCUGAUCUUGUGGUAGAAGUGGCCCAUCCCCAAAUAAUCCAUGAAUCUGGGGCACAAAUCCUGCGCCAUGCCAACCUCCUGGUGAGUCCCCUAAACCCACACCCAAGCCCUGACCCCUUCAGCCAUCUGUCCCCUGAACUCAACCCUCCCUACCUUCGUCCACCCCAGGUGGGGUCCCCCUCAGCCCUAGCUAACCAGACCACAGAGAGGCAGCUCCUGGAGGCCUCACACCGCUGGAACCAUGCUGUGUUUGUGGCCCGAGGGGCUCUAUGGGGGACUGAGGACAUCAGCAGGUUGGAUGCAGCUGGAGGCCUCCAGGUGAGGACCCACUGGGAUCCCCAGGGACKAGUAGGGGCUUGCAAAGACCCCAGUCCCCCUGACCACAGCUGUUGCUUCCAGAGCCUCCGUGUCACUAUGGCCACACACCCGGAUGGCUUCCGGCUCCUGGGACCCCUGGCUUCAGCCCACAUCACUGGGCCUCGCACUGUGCUCUAUGAAGGUCCUGUCCGUGGCCUCUGCCCAUUUGCCCCUCGAAACUCCAACACCAUGGCAGCCGCUGCCCUAGCUGCCCCUAGCCUGGGCUUUGACCAUGUGAUCGGGGUGCUUGUGGCAGAUCUCAGCCUCACAGACCUACACGUUGUGGACGUGGAGCUGAAAGGCCCCCCAGGCCCCUCAGGSCGAAGCUUUGCUGUCCACACCCACCGAGAGAACCCUGCUGAGCCGGGCGCUGUGACUGGCUCCGCCACUGUCACAGCCUUCUGGCGCAGCCUCCUGGGAUGCUGCCAGCUUCCCUCCAGGCCUGGGAUCCAUCUCUGCUGAGAAGCCUCUUUCACCCUUGAGGACAUCUUGUCUGACUG